UGUCGAACUAGAAAAGUGGGUUACGCAGGCAGGCAGAUCCGCCGUGCUGUAACUGGCCUGCGCGAACCGACCGCAAAGCAAAUGAUCCGUUUCUGAUAUCGGUGUUGUGUUUGAGUUUGUUUUGACAACCGCUGAAUGAAGUGUUAGCUCGUCCACAGAGACCGAGGAAGAGGCACAGACUAUAAUGAUGAAGAUGAUGUUUUCGCGAGUCCGUUUGGCGCUGAUGUCCGCGCUGCUGCUCCUCGUACAGGAUGCUGCGGCUUUCUAUCUUCCGGGUUUAGCUCCGGUCAGUUUCUGUGAAAAACCUCAGGACGGGAAGGACGCUCAGAGGGAAUGCCAGGACAAAAUCGAGCUCUUCGUGAACAGAUUGGAUUCUGUGGAGUCGGUCUUGCCGUAUGAAUACACAGCGUUUGACUUCUGCACCGUCGAGGCUGAGAAACGGCCAUCGGAAAACUUAGGCCAGGUGCUUUUCGGGGAGAGAAUUGAGCCAUCGCCUUACAAGUUUUCCUUCAAGCAAAAAGAGACGUGCAAGCAUGUGUGCACCAAAAAAUACAGCACCAGCAAAGCAGAAGAUAAAGCCAACCUGGAUUUCCUCAAGAAAGGCAUGCUCCUUAACUACCAGCAUCACUGGAUUGUGGACAACAUGCCUGUGACCUGGUGCUACGAUGUAGAAGACAAUCAGAAAUUCUGCAACCCCGGGUUCCCCAUCGGGUGCUACGUCACGGAAACCGGCUUGGCCAAAGAUGCCUGCGUCGUCAAUGCGGAGUUCAAUGAGAGAGACACCUUUUACAUCUUCAACCAUGUGGACAUCACCAUCUUCUACCACAACGUGGAGAACGAGGCCCCUGAUUCCAGACUGGUCGCUGCCAAGAUGGAGCCAAAGAGCUAUAAACAGAGCAAUCCGGACGCUCCGGACUGCACAGGGCCGCCCAUGAGUCUGCAAAACAAGCUCACAGGAGACAUCAGCAUCCCCUACACCUACUCUAUACUGUUCAAGGAGGAGCCAAACAUCCGAUGGGCCUCUCGUUGGGAUUAUAUCCUGGAGUCCAUGCCUCACACCAACAUCCAGUGGUUUAGCAUCAUGAAUUCCCUGGUCAUAGUGCUCUUCCUGUCCGGUAUGGUGGCGAUGAUCAUGCUGCGCACGCUGCACAAAGACAUCGCCCGCUACAACCAGAUGGACUCCGUGGAGGAUGCUCAGGAGGAGUUUGGCUGGAAGCUGGUCCACGGCGACGUGUUCCGUCCGCCGCGUAAAGGAAUGCUGCUCUCCGUUUUCCUCGGGUCGGGAACGCAGAUCUUCAUCAUGACGUUCGUUACUCUCUUUUUUGCAUGUCUGGGCUUCCUGUCUCCAGCUAACCGGGGUGCUCUGAUGACGUGUGCCGUGGUGCUCUGGGUGCUGCUGGGAACUCCAGCUGGUUACAUCGCUGCCCGAUUUUACAAGUCGUUCGGAGGAGAGAAGUGGAAGACCAACGUGCUGCUGACGUCGUUCCUCUGCCCCGGUGUGGUGUUUGCUGAUUUCUUCCUGAUGAACCUGAUUCUGUGGGGUGAGGGCUCGUCGGCCGCCAUGCCCUUCGGCACGCUGGUGGCCAUCUUGGCCUUGUGGUUCUGCAUCUCCGUCCCUCUGACUUUCGUUGGAGCGUACUUUGGCUUUAAGAAAGCUGGCAUCGAACAUCCCGUACGCACCAAUCAGAUCCCUCGUCAGAUUCCAGAGCAGUCUUUUUACACCAAACCCCUCCCAGGGAUCGUGAUGGGCGGCAUCCUGCCCUUCGGAUGCAUCUUCAUUCAGCUGUUCUUCAUCCUCAACAGCAUCUGGUCCCAUCAAAUGUACUACAUGUUCGGCUUCCUCUUCCUCGUUUUCAUCAUCCUCGUGAUUACUUGCUCUGAGGCCACCAUCCUGCUCUGUUACUUCCACCUGUGUGCUGAGGACUACCACUGGCAGUGGCGCUCCUUCCUUACCAGCGGGUUCACAGCGGCGUAUUUCCUCGUCUACGCUGUACACUACUUUUUCUCCAAGCUGCAGAUCACCGGCCUGGCCAGCACCAUACUGUACUUCGGCUACACAAUGAUCAUGGCCUUGAUCUUCUUCCUCUUUACAGGAACGAUUGGAUUCUUUGCCUGUUUCUGGUUUGUGACAAAAAUCUACAGCGUUGUGAAAGUGGACUGAAUUCGACCAAUCAGAGCCUGGACUGAACUCUCUCCUCCACUACUGUCUUUAGCGGAGAGACAAGACCGCCAUCGAAGACGCCGUUUUCCCCAGCUAACUAACAACUCGAUAUACAUUCUACAGAUCUUAAGCUUCCAUUGGAGAGAGAGUGUGUGUGUGUGUGUGUGUGUGUGUGUGUGUGUGUGUGUGUGUUUAAAAAAAAUGUAUUUGUGUGUGUAUGUUUUAAUUUCACACAUACUUAUUAAAGAAGAGCACUCGUAUAAAGGGCACCAUGCACCCGCCCAGAUCACACAGCUACAUUUUCCUCAACCUUAGUUUCAGAUUGUCAUCUUGUAAAUAUCACAUUUCUUCCUUUUCACUAACGUUAAAGUGCAUCAGUUCAGGUGUAGGUAUAGCGGACAUGGUGGUACAAAUAUGACUCUGUAAAUAUAUCCUUUUUUCCUCCUCCUUAAAUGCUGAAAUUUGUCUAAAAAAAAACUUAGCCCCCAAUUUUUUUUUUGAGCGAGAGUUGUGUGUUUGCGAGGAGGGGGGUGGUUUCCAAUUGUGUGUGUGCGUUUGUGUGCGUGGACUACAAACCAGUCGGCUGUCUUUUGCUUUUAUUUAUCUCAUCAUUUUAAUUUGCGCUGUCUUUCUAUUGAUUUACGCCUCACUGCUUUCUUUGUGCCUCAUCUUUAAGAGGAAAGAAUAAAGAAGAGCUUCAUCUUAAAGCACCAACAUGGGUACACACGAGUGGAAGCUGAUACAUGAACUCUUAACAAAGUGCUAUUUUCUUUCUUUGGUUUGAGGAGGGAUGAAAUGUUUCUUUAAGAACCCUGACUGCACAUGUGUUAAAGAAGCUGUUCUGCUCUUUGGUUCUCUCUGAUCCAUUUAGUUUUCUGCAUGCACAGAAGCUGACUUGAGAUCAGCAUUCUAACAGAUGUUUCGUACAUAUUAACUUAAUACAUGCUUUUUUUUUUUUUUUCAUAUCCGUACCUUAAUUUUUUAAAGAGCCUAGUGGGAGGGGAGCAGUCGAGGAAUAGUAUGUAGAAAUAUGUGGAUGGAGGGACUGUUUUUUUGGCGCAGGACCAUUUACUGUAUAUAGUCAUACAGUGUAAGCAGACGUGUAAGUUCUAAUGGUUUUGGUUCACACUGAUCACGAGGGUUUUCUUCACUGAUUUAAAAUAGUCAUGAUGCAAAGUGGGAAAUUAAUAAUGGAGAUUUAAAAAAAAAAAGGAUUUUCUUUUUUUUUGUCCCAAAUAAAAUCUGCCUUUUUGAAUGAUUUACUGUAUGUUUUAAACAAAAAGUUGGACAGAACGAUUGUGUCUUUCAGUCAUUCUCUGUGCUUCAUUUAUCAUUGAAGCUGUGAGGAUAAUGUAGGUUAUCAAUAAAUUAAGUCUUGUUCACCUAAA